AAAUUAGAUUCUAUGUGAUGUUAGGAGAUAAUCUAGUUUAGUCCUGACCAUUUACCAAAUUAUUCGCACAACCUCAGUGACUAUUAUAAUAAAUCGGUCAGUACACGAUGUCACUUGUAAUCAUUUUCGCGCAAGUGGCUACUCGCCGAUAAGCGAACGGCGAUGGCAAAUUUUGCUUCGGUCAUACAAAAUAUAAAUAAUGAACGUCAAGAAAACAUCGAGAAGAAAAUGCUAUCCACAACUAACCAAGAAAAACAAGAAAUUUUAAAGCUUUAUAAAUCAAGAUGGAUUAUACUAGGAGUUUACAUAUUGUACUCUAUGUCAAACGCGGCUCAUUGGAUACAAUACAGUAUCAUAUCCAAUAUAACUGGAAAGUUUUAUGGAGUAUCUAAUUAUUCUGUUGAUCUGACUUCUACUAUUUACAUGUUGGUAUAUGUGCCAUUGUUAGUACCAGCAUCGUGGUUGCUCGACAAGAAAGGCCUCAAAACAACGAUGUUGAUUGGAGCUGGCGGAACAGUAUUGGGAGCUUGGCUUAAAGUUUACUCGGCUGAGCCAGAUAAAUUUUUAAUAACAUUGUUAGGUCAAGGAUUGAUCGCAUGUUCUCAAGCAUUCAUCUUAAGUUUACCAUCUAGAUUAGCUGCUGUAUGGUUUGGAGCUUCUGAAGUAUCUACUGCGUGUUCUCUUGGAGUUUUUGGCAAUCAGUUAGGAGGAGCAUUAGGCUUCCUAAUUCCACCAAUGAUGGUUCAUGACAGCGAUAACUUAAGUGAAAUAGGAAAUGAAUUUCGCACAAUGUUUUUUUCUUUCGCUAUUGUCAACACCGCUGUGUUUUUCUUGGUACUCUGGAGUGUAAAGUCAGAACCAUUAUUAGCCCCAAGUUAUGCUCAAGUAGCACAGCGAAAGCAAAGAGAUGAUCCAACAAUAAUGAAUGACGCAUUUGUAAGUUCAAUGAAAGAUCUCAUGAAAAGCAAAGGUUAUGUUCUACUACUUAUAUCUUACGGUAUAAAUUCCGGCUGUUUUUAUGCCAUAUCUACUCUGUUUAGCCAAUUUAUACUCCAAUACUUCCCGGGUCACCAAGAAGAUGUAGGACGUAUCGGACUUUCAUUAGUUAUGAGUGGACUUGCCGGUUCAAUCCUUUGCGGUUACAUUUUAGACAAAACUCAUUUAUAUAAAGAAACUACUUUAGUUAUAUAUACUGGUACAUUGAUAUCUAUGGUUAUCUACGCUUUUAGUCUAUCGAAUAGUAAAUCCAUUUGGACUAUAUAUUUGACAGCCUCACUUUUAGGGCUUUUUAUGACCGGAUACCUACCAGUGGGCUACGAGUUAGCUAUAGAAAUUACUUACCCAAUAGCAGAAGGAACUUCUAGUGGCUUAUUAAAUGGAGGAACACAACUAAUAGGGUUCAUCUUAACCUCUGUUUAUAGUUGGGUAUUCGCUACAAUGGGUGACAAAUUUGCAAAUAUAAUGAUUAUCUGUUUAUUGGCUAUUGGGAGCCUCUUAACAGUCUUCAUACCACCAAGCUUAAAGAGACAAGCCGCUCACAAAGCUCACAAUGAAAAACAGAAUUUGGGCCUUGAACGUUAAAUAUACUUGUGGUAUUAAUUUAAUUUUUUUUGUACAAUAUUAUUUUAAUUAAAAUAUUUGUUUAUUAAUAAUA